UCGCUGCAAACAGCGGCAUUUCGCUUGAUUCACUUUCGAACGCAACGGAAAGCAAAGUAACGUAAAAUACGCAUCUUGCCGUGUUAUCCGCACAAUACAUACAUAUAUAUAUAUAUAAAAUUAGUGUUGGAAUUUUUGGUUGUAAAUUCGGAAAGCAGAAAGAUUCAUUAAUCCUUAAACACUGGGCAAUUCAAAUUGCAAUUGAUUUGGGACGUGCCACCUUAGCUCCAAUUAGCCGCGCGCGUGUGAGAUAUUCAAGCAGCGUUCAACGCGUGUGUGUAAAGAGUGCGGUUUUUAAAUACCAAAUGAAAUAACGCUUAACAUCAUUCAAAUCCAAUCAUUAAGUUACUAAAAAUAUCCCAAUUAAACUGAAAUAACUUAACAAGUUUGGUUACCAUCACUGUGGAAUUUGUAAUUGCCGCACACCAUAAUUUUCGCUCGUGCAACAUAUAACUUGCACUAACAUCCUAACUGUGCUUAAUUAAGUAAAUAGGGUCUGUGUUGACAAGUGGAAUCCACUUAGUAAAUACUGCUCCCGUACAAUCACACUCCCUGAACAAAUAAUUUACUUUUUGGAUUAGCAGCAGCAGCAGCAGCAACGAAACUCGUACUAUGAAAGCUACUACGAGACUUUGCCCCAUCAUAGUGCUGAUUUGCGCAGCGCGGCUUGUGUGCACGGCUCAACAACGGUACCACCACAGCGAUGUUGUCGGAUAUCCUAUCGACUACGCGGACAUCAAGUCAAUACAAGAGGUUUUCUCGCUGGAGAAACGUAACAAACCAUCUCUGUCAAUUGUGAAUCCAUUGGAUGUGCUGCGACAACGUUUGUUGCUAGAAAUUGCUAGAAGGCAAAUGAAGGAGAACACAAGACAGGUGGAAUUGAACCGCGCCAUAUUGAAGAACGUCGGUAAACGCAUGCUGAACAAUGACGGUGACUACGGCUAUAAGCAUCUAUCGGAAGCACAACAACAAUUUGAAUACUCCCCCAAGAACAGUCCUUAUCUUCCGCAAAUAUACACGUAUCGCGUUCCCCAUUAUCAACAACAAUCGCAACUCCAACUGCAACAGUUGUGGCAGCCACAUUACACUAAUCAAUUAGAGUACACACCAGAUGUAUCCACAUAUGACUACCUACAACGACAAGCUCCCAUAUACAAUGCCAUCCUGGGGGCAGCUGAAAGCAAAGACGACCUAAACGGGCAGGCGACCUCUUGGUAUAUCGACUCACUUGAAAAUGGGGCCGAAGAUGGUGACACAAAUAUUUACAACAACAAAGAAAAUGAAUUGACUAGCGACCGUAAAACUUCGGAACGACGAAUUCAAGACAAGGGCACAGGUGGCGACAGCAGUCGUACCAAUGUCGACUCGUUCGCCAACGGAGGGUCGCUGGCCAAAAAUGUGUCCGACAAAGUGCAUUUGGAUGCACAUGAUGACAAUGUGCUAGUAAAUGGCGCUGGGAACGAGAGAAUUGAUGACAAUGCAGAUUAUCACAUGCGAUACUUUUAUGGAUUGCCCAAGAAGCACCACAAUAUGAAAAAGUAAGCUGCAGUCACGCUCCCAAGUACAACCCCACACUCGUGAACAUCGCAAGCAUGAUUUGAAGCUAUUCAGUCCAAGAACAUUUCGUUAAACACCAAUUAACCAAAUAUACUCUUACAUGUUUAAAAUCGCAGAGCUUUUCAUUCAAUUAGCUUUGCUCUGCUUAUUUACUACUUAAGAGAUAUUCAAUAGUCUAGAUGCUUAAGUUAAUAGCAUAUAUGAUAUAAAUAAUUCUAUUCAAAUUAUGUAUUUUAGUAAAACUGUUGUAAUUUUUAUGUGAACUAAAUAUGAUUAAAUCGUGUUUAGCAUAAAUAGAGAGAUUUUAGAAAUGCAUUAAAUGUAAAUGUUAUAAACACGAAUCCUCAAUAUACAUAUGUAAUAAUGUAAUGUCUUCAAUAGCUGACGUACAUAUACUACUUUCGACGCAUGAACUCGCCAUUCACCAAUCGCAUGUUGGUAUUAAAAGUUUUAAAGCCACACAAACACUUUAUUGAUUAUAAAGAAUGUUCUUAAAAUCGAUUUCUUGUUGAAGAAUAAGUGGCACCGGUGUGAAAAUAUGUCUUAACAAAGUUCACAGUUCAGAAAGUUAGAAUAUACGGCACAAUCUUCACUAACUAGAAACGAUUUUCCAAAUUUCUUAUAUCCAUGCUCUUUUUUAGUAUUUGAAAUGAGAUUCUUAAAUAAUACGUGGUUUCGAGUUCCUAGAUGUGCCACUUAACGCAAAAAAAAUUCAUUUAGUAGAUUGUGGUUUGUUAAAUGACUAAGGGUGGCAAUAAAAAACGCAUAAACAACAAGAAAGGCCGAGUUUACAAAGCAAGGUAAUCCUUUCAUCCGGUUUUGUUUCUUAUUGUUAACAAAAUUAUUAUACUCUGUACAGCAUGUUGCGAGAGUAUGAAAACAUUAUGGAGGAUCUGAGACAAAAACGAUUUCACAGGCAUUCAUAGUUUUCAAAUCGAUAACUUCCGCGGGCGGAAAGAAUUUUGAAUAUUUAAUGCAUUUGUAUAUGUUUAUCAUUCUUUGGCAAAACCUGCUUUAAAGAAACCUAGAAGAGAAGUGCUUUUAUUUCCUAAUAGACAAUUAUUAUAAAGUAAUUAAAAUAACCCUAUAUAAAACUAUAUAAAAUAACAAAUAAAAAACGAAGUACACAUUGAAUUUAAGACCAAGGCAGCUCGUAACUUUAAGGUAUACUUUACAAAAAUAUUUUACAAAAUAAGAUCAAUAUUUUAUUUGAUUGGGUAUUAGUAAACAAAUUUGAUUAUAUAAAUGUAUAAACAAAUUAAACGCAUACAAA